AUGCUGGAGAAAUCAAACGUUUUAUCCAAUGAUCAGUACAGGGCGAGUCCCUCACUGCCUCAGGCGUCCCCAGAUGUCCCUCCCUCUUAUGAAGAUGUCCACCGGGAGGGUCAGGCCAUUAAAGGUCUGGACCCCCAGCCUCCUCGAUACUCCGACCCUGAAAGUCAGAUAACCACCCCCAGUGAACCCCCUCCUUCUUAUGAGUCACUGUAUGGGCGUGUCAAAGCUGCUCAACUAGAAGCUGGCAGCAAACCACAGUUCGUCAAGAAAGUCAUGAUAAUCGUCAUGGGAACUCUGGGUUGUACAAUUUGCUUAGGAAUCUUACUGGCCAUUCCUGUGUCCAUGAUUGUGAUGGGAGGUGUUUAUUUCGAUGACUGCCCAGCUGAGUGGCUGAUUCCCUUGUAUUUGGUUGUGGCGGGGUCUGUCGGUAUUAUUAAGAAUUUCUCCAGUCUGUGUCAGAAAGUGAAGAAUGACAGAGAAAAUGCAGAAGACGAAAAUAUGAAGACCACAAAAUUUGAUUCUUUGUUAAACUGUUUUCUGAUGAUUUGGUUUAUUUUUGGAAAUGUGGUGAUUUACAGAACCAAUCACUUCUACACCACGACACCCGGACAGCCGACUUACUGUAACCCUACGCUGUACGAGUACGCCUUCUGGCUCACUACUUCCUUCUACAUACUCAUAGGCACUUCCUGCUGCUGUUUCUGUUUCUGUGGAUUUCUGGCCAGCCUGAACGGGGCAGACAAGUGAGUCGCUGUCCUGCUCUGGGUUUCUUUUUCAUUUUGACUGUGAAAUGAAGAUUUUGGGAUUUGUUUCCAUUUGGAAUAUUUUGUGCGUUGUUUAAUAUCAAUAGUCUUUAUAUCUUACAGUUCAUACAUACUGGUUUAUGUAUGUGCAUGGUGUACAAAUAUCAUUUUCAUUGCUUUAUAUGAUAUCUUAUUGUUACAUAUAUUCUUGUCGUGGAUUUCAAGUUGUUAGUCAGAAAUAAUGUGAAUAUAUAUCAUUAUCAAUUGGAAGUUUUUUUAUUCUUAAUAUAUUUCAUAUACAUGUACUCAUAAUAUGAGUAGAAAACUCAGCACACAUGUAUAAUUUUCAAAUACAUGUAGAUGUGUUCAGUAUUGUUUAAUCUGUCUAUCUGUUGAUUUCAAGAAAUAUUCUGCUUGCGCAGUCUUUUUGUGGAAAUACUGAAGGCAGGCAUUCUCCUGUUUUACAGUCAAUAACCCAUUUGCAGUAUUGUUACAGUAUAUUUUUUCUAAAUCUAAAUGUGGACAUUUGUUUACAUUUUUACUUGCUUAUGUCUUCGAUUAUCAUUUUAAACAGCAGUGAUGUCACAAUUGAGUUGGGUAUGUAAAUAACAGUAGUCCAUAGUCUUCAUACACAGUGUGAGCUUUUUCCAAAGAAAAAAAGUAUAAAAAUUGUAAAUUCUUGAAUAAUGAAUGGAUGCUUAUUUUAGUAGUGUUUUAUUGCCAUUUAGAAUCAAACAAGAACACUAAUAUUUAUAGUUGUACUAGAAAAUGUCAACAUUGUUAUCAGAUGCAGAACAAGUGCUAAAUCGAGAUAUAUGCUAAAUGAUGCAGCAAAUCCCGCUUGGAUUUCUCAAAAAAAUUUCAAACUUAAAUUUGAGUUUUCUUUUAUUUGAACAGUCAGAAUUGGAGUAAAAUCUCAGACUUAAGUCCAAGUGUUGAAUUCAAUUUCUUUCAAGAAAUCCAUGUCCAACUGUGUCAACUUUUUAUAACUUGUAUUAAGAAAAAGUACACAUACAGUAUGAGAAAAUAUAUUGUACAAUCAUUUUUUGAGCAUUUAAUUCGAAACCGAUUUAAAAUCCAGUAAUUUAACAGGUACUUGUGUAUUCAGUUAAGCACGUUAUUUAUGAUACCGGUAACUUCAUUUUUGUGUAAAUUUAUGAGACUGCCUUAAUGCAAAAAGAUUUUAAAUUCUUGUCUAUAUAUAUAUAUAUAUAUAUGUCAUCAUGAACGAAUAUUGAACGUUCACAAAAUUUGUCUCGGGUAAAAUUAUUAAUAUAAGUUCGUGAAAAGGAAAUCUAUUAAUUAAUUUAUGAAUUUGAUGUAACACUUCUGUUAUUCAGUGUUAGAGACAAAAUUUCAGAAAUAUAUUGCAAAUUUAAUUUAUAUUAUAUAACUGUAACAUGUAUUGUUUAAAGACUUGUGUACUUUACUAUGUAUUUAUUUCCAUGUAUAUCUAUUUUUGAGUCAAUAAAUUUAUCAUUGUUUCACAA